AUGUCCACAUCCAAUCUCCGCAAGGCCGAUGGCCCUCUCGGCCUGAUUUCAACGCCACGGACGCUGACUGGCAAGACCGACCCAUUCACAGAAGAUGCUUCUCAAAUGGCGCUUGUUCACAACAUGUUGAUUCGUGCAUACAACAGUAUCUACCUCCAGGCAACACAUGUGCGGUCAGCAGACGUGCCAGACUUUUUGAAUUACUGCUCGGCGUGGCAUAUGACACUCAAGGGUCAUCACGAUGCCGAGGAAGAAGUUUAUUUCCCAGGCAUCGAGAAAGCUACAGGAGUCAAGGGAAUCAUGGAUUCGGAGGUCGAUGAACAUGCCUCGCGGCGAUUUGUUCAAGCUGCAUUUAGCGAAGGUUUGCAAAAGUUCAAGGACUAUGUUGAUUCCCGCCUGGCCGACCCAUCUUCAUAUUCUGGCAAGGAGCUGGUCAGCAUCCUGGAAUCGUUUGGCGAGGUCCUCGCGACUCACUUAGCCCAUGAGCCGCCCAAGCUGGCGUCUCUCGGCCAGUACGGAGAUUUUGACCCCAAACCGCUCUCAGAGCAGACGGCAAACCACAGCAUGAAGUACAUGCACGUCACAAAUGUACUCCCAACGUUGUGGUUCAACUUGGACAAGGAGUUCGAGGAAGGAAAAUGGGCUGACUUUCCUGCGAUGCCCGGUCCCGUCAAAUGGGUCAUGAUCAAUGUGCUGGGGUCCUGGCAAAGGAACUGGUGGAGGUUCGGGAGCAGCGGUGCAGACGGCUUUCAGAGAGAGCUCUACUGUCUGUCGGAUGAAUACUCCAAGGCAUAA